AUGGAUGCUCAAUUUGAGCGUCGUCUUCUGCUAUCUAUGAAUGGACAAAAUUCAUUAUCAUCAUACACCAGUCCAAUACAAUCGCCUAUUAAAGCAAGUGAUCGAUACAUUCCACUUCGAUCUUCUCUGUCGGCAUCAAAUCUUCACUAUGAAGUAAAUAUUUCACCGUUGCCAUCACCUUGCAAAUCACAGUGUUCAUCACCAAAUAAAAAAUGUAAAUAUGAACUCAAUGAAAUCGGUCUUAGCUCUGGUGUAACAGCGAGUGCACCAGAUUUACUUGUAUACGAUCAAUUGUUACAAAAUACGUUAUUAAAUACAAAUAUUGAUUCGAUAUUGAAAAUUUCUGAUGUACCAAAUACAAAUUAUGAAAAUUCAAAAACAGUAACAACAUCAAAAUCAACUGUAAUCAGUAAAGAAAACACGUCCAUAUUUCGUUAUUCUGAACGUCAUCAAACGACUCCAUCGAAAACAAAUUUAAUUACUAAACAACAUUUUAGUCGAUCACCGAUAUCUAAUGCAUCAUUAAAUUUACUUUUUUCACCAAACAGAAAAAUUCGACAUAUUCCUGAACUUCCAUAUAAAGUUUUAGAUGCACCCGAUCUACAAGAUGAUUUUUAUUUAAAUUUAAUUGAUUGGUCACCAUCAAAUAUUCUUAGUGUUGCAUUAGGACCCUGUGUCUAUUUACACAAUGCUCAAUCAAAUAGUGUUCAGUUGUUAUGUGAUUUUACACAUACACAAUUACCAGUGCCAAAUAAUCAUCGAUUGAAUAUUAUCGGUUCAGAUACAGUUACAUCAGUGAAUUGGUCGGAAUGGUCAAAUAUAAUAGCUGUUGGUACUCAACGUGGUCAUGUACAUAUAUAUGAUGUUACAACUCGAAAACGUAUACAAUCUAUAUGUAAACAUACAAAUCGUGUUGGUGUACUUGCUUGGAACGAUUGGUCAUUAUGUUCUGGUUCACGUGAUCGAUCAAUUUUAGAACAUGACAUACGUCAACAAUCCACUGUAAAUCAUCUUCGUGGUCAUACACAAGAAGUUUGUGGUCUUAAAUGGUCACAUGAUAAAUCUAUACUUGCUAGUGGAGGAAAUGAUAAUAAUUUAUUUCUCUGGUCAAAAAGUCAGUCAACACAACCAUUACAUUCAUUUAAUGAUCAUAUAGCUGCUGUUAAAGCUAUAGCUUGGUCACCACAUCAACAUGGUCUUUUAGCAUCGGGCGGUGGUGCAGCUGAUCGACAUAUACGUUUUCGUUCAUCGUUAACAUGUCAAACAUCAAAUGUAUUUGAUACAGGUUCUCAAGUAUGUCAAUUAAUAUGGUCGAAGAAUUCUCCGAAUGAACUAGUUUCAACGCAUGGCGUUACAGAAAAUCAUAUAGUUCUUUGGAAAUAUCCAACCAUGGAGCCAUUAGCUAAAUUAAUCGGACAUCGUCUACGUGUUCUCUAUUUAGCAAUGAGUCCCGAUGGCGAAUCGAUUGUAACCGGUUCUGGUGAUGAAACACUUCGAUUUUGGAGUGUAUUUCCAAAAGCAAAAUGUACAAGAAAUCCCGAUUCGAAAUUUAAUGGACUCUAUCAAAUGCGAUAA